AUGAAUCCAUAAUAUUUUACUACUCAAUUUUCAGAUAAUGUCUGCUUCGUAAUAUUAGAAAAUCAAACAUAUUAAUUACUUGGUAAGAAUCCUAGUUGUUAUAUUGACCCUGUUGAUGAUACAAAAUUAAUUUUGAAGGUAGGAUAUUAGCCCAAAUUCAUUCCAGGGGAUAAGAUUAUAUUUUAUAAUAGCAAUUUCGGUCAUCAAGAAUGCGAUAAAAAGUUAAAUGUGUUUAUCUUCAAUUAUAUUAAAAGUCCCUUAAACCCAGUCUCUCCAAUUAUAUUAUAUGAUUUACCAACUUCAAUUAUAAAUCCUUGCGAUGAUAAUACAAUAUCCUUGAAAUUAAAAAUGAAUGAUGGAUUUAGAGAUUUCAUUGAAAUAAAAUGGACCUAUUCGGUAGAUGGAUCUAAUUGA